AUGGCUUCAAAGAACGCGACACGCGCUCUGCGCGCCUCAUUGAGGCAGAUUAAGACUCCUCAGGUUUCCCAGCGAACCUUCAUCACCGCGGCCAACGCUAGCCGUCCGAGUCUCGUGCCUGCUCAGAAGAUCGCAGCCUCUGCCUUUGUGCAGCAGACCCGCGGCAAGAAGACCGUCGACUUCGCUGGCGACAAGGAGGUCGUUUUCGAGCGUGCCGACUGGCCUCGCGAGAAGCUUCUUGAAUACUUCAAGGAUGACACACUUGCCCUCAUCGGCUACGGUUCUCAAGGCCACGGUCAAGGCCUGAACCUUCGCGACAACGGCCUGAACGUCAUUGUUGGUGUGCGCAAAGACGGUGCGAGCUGGAAGGAGGCACAACAGGAUGGAUGGGUCCCUGGCAAGAACCUUUUCGACAUCGACGAGGCCAUCAACAAGGGUACAAUCGUCAUGAACCUGCUCAGUGAUGCUGCACAGAGCGAGACAUGGCCUCACAUCAAGCCGCUCCUCACCAAGGGCAAGACUCUUUACUUUUCGCACGGUUUCUCCCCUGUCUUCAAGGACCAGACCAAGGUCGAGGUUCCCACUGACAUUGACGUGAUCCUCGUCGCGCCCAAGGGCUCUGGUCGCACUGUGCGCACUCUCUUCCGUGAGGGCCGCGGUAUCAACAGCAGUGUGGCCGUCUUCCAGGACGUCACCGGCAAGGCCGAGGAGAAGGCCAUUGCCCUUGGUGUCGCCGUUGGUUCUGGCUACCUCUACAAGACCACCUUCGAGAAGGAGGUGUACAGUGACCUUUACGGUGAACGUGGAUGCCUCAUGGGCGGCAUUCACGGCAUGUUCCUCGCUCAGUACGAGGUUCUCCGUGAGCGAGGCCACUCCCCCUCGGAGGCUUUCAACGAGACCGUCGAGGAGGCUACCCAGUCGCUCUACCCAUUGAUCGGUCAGAACGGCAUGGACUACAUGUACGCCGCCUGCUCGACCACCGCCCGUCGUGGUGCUAUUGACUGGAGCAAGCGCUUCAAGGACACCCUCAAGCCUGUCUUUGAGGAUCUCUACGACAGCGUCAAGACUGGCAAGGAGACUCAGCGCACCAUGGAGUACGCUGGUCGCCCUGACUACCGCCAGGCAUUCGAGAAGGAGAUGGAGGAGAUCCGCAACCUGGAAAUCUGGCGUGCCGGCAAGGCCGUCCGCAGCCUGCGACCUGAGAACAAGUAG